ACUACUGUUACAUCUACACAAAUAAAUGUUCUAAUUUACACUCACACUACUUGUAUAUAUGCGCGGUUUUUAUUUCCUUCCAACCCAUAUAUCUAUAUCCAGCACAAUAUUUCUGGCUUUCACCAAAUAUUCCUAGCAGUUCAUUCUCAACUGGUUGCCACUUCUAUCCAUUUUCAUUAAUUUUGGCUGCUCAAGGCUUGUUGCUCCUCAUCCAUAAAUGGCUUCCGUAAUCCAAUGGAAUCUUACAUUCACCUCGAACUACUACAAGCAUCAACUUACGCAAUAUAUUAUUCUACAUGUCCAAUUCUGAGGCGAACAAUACUGACAGAUCCGAAUUAGGAUCCGCCAGUACUAAUUCUACCGGGCGACACCCGGUAUACAAAGGAAUAAGGAGAAGGAAGAGUAGCGGGAAAUGGGUGUCCGAAAUUCGGGAGCCGCGGUCCCCAAACCGGAUUUGGCUCGGUACAUUCCCGACCCCGGAAAUGGCCGCGGUUGCUUAUGACGUGGCAGCACUGGCGCUCAAGGGUCGGGAUGCCGAGCUUAAUUUUCCGAACUCGGUGCCCUCGUUGCCUGUCCCGGCUACCAACUCGCCCCGGGAUAUCCAGGCAGCUGCGGCUUGUGCGGCCGCAGCACUCGGGGCAGCCGGGGAUGCUUUAAUAGGGGGGCGUAGUAGACAGGUUUCAAGAGAGGCGGAGAAUAAUAAUUAUUUGACGCCUAAUAAUAAUAAUGAGUACUUUAUGGAUGAAGAUUUGAUAUUUGAUAUGCCAAAUGUUAUUAUGAAUAUGGCUGAAGGAAUGCUACUUAGUCCACCACGUCUCAACCUUCCUGCAGAUGAUGACUUUACUGGUGGUGCUGACCAAAAUCUAUGGAAUUAUCCAUAGUUACAUCUCAACAAAUAAAGCUAAAAAUCU